UACAUUCUACUAUUUACCGUGAUUAUCAUUAACACUCAAAUAAUGUAUUAUAAAUUAUAAUCCUUUAAGUUAUAAACGUUUAAAUUAUAAUAUAGUAUUAUAGUGUCUAGUUCCUGCCGUUCCUGGAUUCCGUCGUAUUUGUUUAAAAUGGAGGAAAUUCAAAGUACAGCUGGUGCUAUUCCUGUGCGAAAUGAGAAAGGUGAAGUAUCAAUGCAAAAAGUAAAGGUUCACAGAUAUGUUCAAGGCAAACGUCCAGAAUAUGCUCCAGAGUCUACAUCUGAAGAAGAAUCAGAUGAUGAUGACUUUUUGGAAUCUCGUAAAGUACGAGGUGCUUCUCCUACCACUAAUUUUGACCCAGAACAGAUGAUUCACUUACCAUCAGAUGCCUUAAAUGAUGCACGUCUCAAACGUUUGGGUGGUUUAACUGCUCGGCAUAAGCAUAAAGAGAGGCGACCUUUGCAUGAGCCACAAGUUAUUAAGGAUGAUUCAUCUGAUAGCGAAUCUGAUGCUGAACGUAAUCGUAGAAGUCGUAGGCAGGUAUCUGGUGAUGAAAAAGAUAGUAAUGAUGAUGAUGGAGAACUUAGCGACAGUGAAAUAGAGAAGAGAAGACAACGAUUAAGACAAAGAGUUUUGAACCAAACUAAAGAAAAGGAAAUGAAUGAAGUUCUUGAAAAAGAAGAUGAAGGACAUAGUUCAGAUGAUGAUGAUAGUGAUGAAUCUUCAGAAUAUGAAGACUAUUCCGCAUCUGAUGAAGAAACUGGUCCUCGUCUUAAGCCAAUUUUUGUAAGAAAGAAAGAACGUGUUACUAUACUGGAAAAAGAAAAAGAAGAAAUAAAACAAAAACAAUUGGAAUAUGAACAAAAGAAAAUAGCAGAAGAAAGACGCAGAGCUACAUUAAGAAUGGUUGAAGAAGAAAUUCGUAAGGAACAAUCCUUAUCAAAAGCAAACAGUGCACUUUCUGAACCAUGUUUAAAUGAUGUAAACACAGAUGAUGAAAAUGAUGAAAACGAAUAUGAAGCAUGGAAACUUCGAGAAUUAAAACGCAUCAAGAGAGACAGAGAAGAACAUGAACAGCGAGAAUUUGAUAAGGCAGAAAUAGAACGUCUUAGGAAUUUAACUGAAGAAGAAAGAAGGUUGGAAAUUAGACUUAAUCCAAAACAAGUUACUAAUAAAGCAGCUAAAGGCAAAUAUAAAUUUAUGCAAAAAUAUUACCACCGUGGAGUAUUUUAUUUGGAUGAAGAAAAUGAUAUUUUCAAGAGAGAUUAUUCAUCAGCCACUCUUGAAGAUCACUUUGACAAGACAAUCUUGCCUAAAGUUAUGCAAGUUAAAAACUUUGGUCGUAGUGGACGCACAAAAUACACACAUUUGGUUGAUCAAGACACAACUAGCUUUGAUUCACCCUGGGUGUCUGAAACUGCACAAAACUUGAAAUUUCAUACAAAUCAAGCAGCAGGCAUGAAACAAGUAUUCCAGAAACCUACUUUAAAGAAACAACGUACAAAAUAAAUCUAUGACUUAUGACAUUGCUGUACAAUAAUAACUGAUUUUUAAAAAUAUUUUGUAUGAUAAAACAAUAAAUAUUAUUGUCGUACAUUUAUAAUGUAUAAAAUGUGUGUACAAUAUAAUUUAAAAUAUAAUAACAAUUAUUAUUAUCAGUCAUGUUUUUAUUAAUUGUAAUGUAUAAAAUGCAAAUUUUUAAUUAAUACAUAAUUUUAUUAGA